GCCAUUAAGGGGUUAACGGUCUCUGUCAGAAUGUGUUACAUUUGGCUCAGCCAUUAAGGGGUUAACGGUCUUUGUCACAAUGUGUUACAUUUGGCUCAGCCAUUAAGGGGUUAACGGUCUCUGUCGCAAUGUGUUACAUUUGGCUCAGCCAUUAAGGGGUUAACGGUCUCUGUCGCAAUGUGUUACAUUUGGCUCAGCCAUUAAGGGGUUAACGGUCUGUUAGAAUGUGUUACAUUUGGCUCAGCCAUUAAGGGGUUAACGGUCUCUGUCGCAAUGUGUUACAUUUGGCUCAGCCAUUAAGGGGUUAACGGUGUCUGUCGCAAUGUGUUAGAUUCGGCUCAGCCAUUAAGGGGUUAACGGUCUCUGUUAGAAUGUGUUACAUUUGGCUCAGCCAUUAAGGGGUUAACGGUCUCUGUUAGAAUGUGUUACAUUUGGCUCAGCCAUUAAGGGGUUAACGGUCUCUGUUAGAAUGUGUCCGCUGUUUACUGAAUGCCUUCUCUGGAUCUGUCACUCAGGGCUUCACGCAUUGAAUCUCGGGAUUUGUAGUCCAGCGUGCAGGGACUGAACUACCCUCUCCACGCAGAGUUGGCCUGUUCCUCUCCCACACUUCGCCUCUCUAUGGUUACUGUGACCGCUCUGGCCCUCGGUUAUCCCUCUCUAUGGUUUCGGAGACGCUCUGUCCGCUCGCUUCCCGUCUCGCUGGUUCCCGUAUUUCCGGUCUCUGGUACUCGGCCUGUUGCUGUCUGUGUUCGCGCCUGUCGCCCUCUGGAUUAUCGCGACAGGGAACUCGGCGAGCGGCACGAUGUCCUAUAACUACGUAGUGACCGCUCAGAAACCCACGGCCGUCAAUGCCUGCGUGACAGGUAUCGCAACUAUCACAACUAUCGCGAUAUCGUCCGCCCAGCGACAGAGAAUACAAUAUCACAGAAUAUAGAAUGUGCCCAGACACAGGAGAGAGAGAGAGAGAGCACAGAAUAUAGAAUGUGCCCAGACACAGGAGAGAGAGAGAGAGAGAGCACAGAAUAUAGAAUGUACUUGACACAGGAGAGAGAGAAGCACAGAAUAUAGAAUGUGCCCAACACAGGAGAGAGAGAGAGCACAGAAUAUAGAAUGUGCCCAGACACAGGAGAGAGAGAGAGCACAAGUAAGUGUGCCCAGACACAGGAAGAGAGAGAAGCACAGAAUAUAGAAUGUGCCCAGACACAGGAGAGAGAGAGAGAGCACAGAAUAUAGAAUGUGCCCAGACACAGGAGAGAGAGAGAGAGAGAGAGAGCACAGAAUAUAGAAUGUGCCCAGACACAGGAGAGAGAGAGAGAGCACAGAAUAUAGAAUGUGCCCAGACACAGGAGAGAGAGAGAGAGAGCACAGAAUAUAGAAUGUGCCCAGACACAGGAGAGAGGCAUAGAAUGUGCCCAGAGACAGGAGAGAGCACAGAAUAUAGAAUGUGCCCAGACACAGGAGAGAGCACAGAAUAUAGAAUGUGCCUUAUAAUUCAACUCUUUUGGGGUGUGUGUGUAGAUGUGACAAAAGCAUCUUCGUCACAUCUACACAGUCACUGGUGUUUGGAGCGGACUGCUUGCCAACCUCUUGCCCCAGGACUAUGGCCCAUGUAUUAGACUGGGAUACAGACUGGAGAAAGGGCUUUUGUUCGUGUCUUUUUCCCCCAGUUCAGUCAGGGACAGACAAAUGCAUUGUGCCUAUGGUGUUCGUUUAUACGAACAGCCGGACCACACACAAGUGGAGUGUCCUCCCCCAUUUACCUCCCAGGUGCUGUGGUUAACUGCAGCUAAUUGACGAACGGCUGAGUGGUCGCCGUUCGUAUAGUCGAACACGUGGCGGCGGCCAUCUUGUUUAGUCGAACUCUUCUCUUUUUGAGAUUUGUGUGUGUGUGUGUGUGUGUGUAUAUAUAUAUAUAUAUAUAUAUAUAUAUAUAUAUAAUAUACAUACAUAAUGUGUGUAUAUAUAAUAACUGCUGGCAGCCAGGCAGGCAUUGGUUAAUAAUAAUAAUGUAAUAUCUCCAUAUUAUGUAUAACUGUUGGCAGCCAGGAAGGGGUUAAUAUAUAUAUAUAUAUAUAUAUAUCUCUGACAAGGAGGCAGGGGUUAAUAUAAUAUAUAAUGUAAUAUCUCUAUAUAAUGUAUAACUGCUGGCAGCCAUGCAGACAGGGGUUAAUAUAAUGUAAUAUCUCUAUAUAGACUAAAAGCUCGUUUGAGCAGGGUCCUCUUCAACCUAUUGUUCCUGUAAGUUUUCUUGUAAUUGUCCUAUUUAUAGUUAAAUCCCUCCCUCUUAUAAUAUUGCAAAGCGCUACGGAAUCUGUUGGCGCUAUAUAAAUGGUAAUAAUAAUAUAUAAGGUAUAACUGCUGGCAGCGAGGCAGGCAGGGGUUAAUAUAUAUAUAAUGUAAUAUCUCUAUAUAAUGUACCUAGAGCUGUCAGCACAGAAAUAUAUAAAGUAUACAUGCAGGCAGGAAGGGGUUAAUAUAAUAUCUCUAAAUAAUGUAUAACUGGAGGCCGGUAGGGGUUAAUAUAUCUCUAUAAUGUAUAACUGGAGGCAGGCAGGGGUUAAUAUAAUAUAUAACUGCAGGUGCGGUUAAUAUAAAAUAUUUCUAUAUAAUAUAUAACUGCAGGCAAGAGUUAAUAUGAUAUCUCUAUACAAUGCAUAACUGGAGGCAGGAGUUAAUAUAAUAUACAUAUUUACAUCUUACCCCAACGUAAUAUAGGUGUGCAAUGUGUACAUUGGGUAAUAUUCUCUAUAUAGGUCAGUUCUUGCUUUGGAAGCAUGCAUGAUUAAAAGAGUCAUUUAUAACCUAUUGUUCAGUGCUGCAGAAUUUGUUGGCGCUUUAUUAAUAAUAAUAAUUAGACUGAUGGGUCUCUGCCAUUUUAUAUUUCCUUCAGCAACACGCACUCCAUUCAGGUCCAAAGUAGCUACUGGGGUCCAAAAACCAAACCUCUAUGCACCAAAAUAACUUUUGUAUAAAUCGUGUCCGUGCAGUCUCACUACUUAAUUCUCUGCCAUGAAGGAGUUUUAGAAGCAUCCCUAGCCAGUCCUCUCCUGCUUGAGACUCACAACAGCCAACGUAAAAACAAUCAUCAUCAGAGAGUGUUUAUUAGACGUGUGCAUAAAUCUUUCAGCGGUGUUGAACAUAUCAAAUGCCUAGCACACUAUGGACAAAGGAAUUGAUGGGAAAAUCUGCACUAAUCGAGGCGUUUGUCCGUAGAAUAACAAGCAGUUUGCACUAGAAUUUGGAAAGUUCUGCUCUUGGUGCUAUAAUGUGGGGUGAAUCCUAUUUUGGCUUCAGUUCCUCAGAUUUAGAAAUUUCUGCUCAUAACGGCGUGUGGUCGGCUGGCUGCCUGGCUAAAGGGAGAGCAUUUGCGAGUGGUCGGCCAGCCAGCUGAUUGAGAGCGUGGGGUGUGCGCACUGGGAGGAGGCUUCUGGAAGAUUGAGGCAGACGGGCAGGCACACGAGGGAGCCUUAACCUCCCUGCUCUGCUCCCACGUGCGUCCUCCAGUGAUGCCGACUGCUGGAGUAUGACGUCAUUCUGGCCCCGGCAUCACUAAACAGCGCUCUAUGGAGCAGAGCAAGGAGAUGCCUGAAGCCCAACUGGACCCCAGGGAAAGCCGAACCACUCCAGCUCCAUGUAGGGAGGCUUGGUGGUCACCUUAAUGUGUUGUUAUUGCAGUGAGUGAGUGAGUGUAUGUUUAGGUGACUGGUCCCCCUCCAAUCACAUGGGUAAGGGGUUUUUACUCACCCCCCCACCCCCCUGCUGUGCUGGCCUCUCUGCAGCUGGCCCUGCCUUCAUAAUUGCGAUCAUCAAUCUUGAUUAUCUCAGCCAAUCCAAUGCUUCCCCAUAGGAAGGGAGGCUAUUGAACAUGUGUGUCAAAACGCCACGCUGCGCCAGUCAGCAUCUCCUCAUAGAGAUGAAUUCAAUGAAUGCAUCUCUAUGGAGAACAUUCAUGGAGACACUAAACUUAGGUGCUGCAUACUGUGCAGCACUGACCCAGGAUGCACUCUGGAGGCCAUCUGAGUGACUUUCAUUAGAAGCGUUACUAGGCAACAAUGUAAAUACUGCCUUUUUCACUGAAAAGGCAGAGUUUACAUUGAAAAGUGUGGAGGGACAGGUUCUAGACACGAGAACAACUGCAUUAAGCUGUAUACCAUACAUUAAGCUGUAGUGGUUCUGGUGACUAUAGUGUCCCUUUAAGAAUUGUAUUUUUGACAUGGAAAAUCUGGCUCCUAGAUUCUAAGCAAAUUGUCAAGCCCUGCCCUAAUGGCUUUUUUUUUUAUUUUAUUUUUUUUAUAUGGAUGCAAGUUAUAGUCAUUGUAAGCUAUAUAUAGAGCAGUAAUAUGUUUAAAAUUAUAUGAGGAAGUAACAUAAUUACAGAAUACAGACCAGUUUCACAGAUGUUUAAUAAAUCUGUUCAAGGCACAAUAACCACUACAACCCAGAUAAGCUGUCAAACCAGUAUAAAAUGGAGGACGCUAAGGCGCUCCUGGUGCCAGUACAAUAGUGAGUUGUGAUUGUUAUGAUAUGUGGAGUGUUCCUUUAACCUCUAAGACCGGAGGGCGUACAAUUACGCCCUAUUUUAGGCGGCUCUAAACGCCGCCGGGCGUAAUUGUACGCCCUCCGGACUUUCUUUACUUACCCGGUCGCCGGUGGUCCCACGCCGGCGAUCGCGGUGGGGGGGACUCCCAGGGAGCCCCCCGCGGCACGUCCGACCCCCUGGCAGCCCUCCUGGCCAUGUGAGAGUGAGGUCCUUGCGAGGACCUCACAAUCACAUGGCUGGGUAGGCUGCCUGCUGCAUUGCCAGCCGGGGGACUGCCUGUAAUGACAGGUGGUCCCCCAUGCUGGCUGAAAAUAAAAAUAAAAUAAAUUAAGUGUAAAAAAUAAAUAUAUACUUAGAUCAAAUAUAUAGAUGUGUUAUUUCGUUCUAACUGUAUUGUGAUAUUAAUAUAUGAUAUCGCCAGUAAAAGUGCAGUUUUUUGCAUUUUUCAUGCACAAACAGCACUUACACGGACGAUAUUAUUGCUGUGAUACUUUUUGCUGUUUUGAAACACAAAUAUUUGUGUUCAGCGAAGUCUCCAGAGUACAACAGUACCCCUCAUGUACAGGUUUUAUGGUGUUUUCAAAAGUUACAGCGUCCAAUAUAAGGCUUGCGUUUCAUUUUUUUCACAUUAAAAUUCGCCAGAUUGGUUACGGUGCCUUUGAGACCCUAUGGUAGCCCAAGAAUGAAAAUUACCCCUAUGAUGGCAUACCGUUUGCAAUAGUAGACAACUCAAGGUAUUGCAAAUGGGGUAUGUCAAGUCUUUUUUAGUAGCCACUUAGUCACAAACACUGGCCAAGAUUGGCGUUUUUUUGCAUUUUUCACACAAAUAAAGACUAACGCUAACUUUGGCCAGUGUUUGUGACCAAAUGGCUACUAAAAAAGACUGGACAUACCCCAUUUGCAAUACCUUGGGUUGUCUACUAUUGCAAAUGGUAUGCCAUUAUGGGUGUAAAUUUCAUUCCUGGGCUACUAUAAAGUCCCAAAGGCAACGUAACCAAUCUGGCGAAUUUCAAUUUCAAAUGUAACAUGCUAUAUUUGACCAUGUAACUUCCCAAAACGCCAUAAAACCUGUACAUAGGGGGUACUGUUUUACAUGUGAGACUUUGCUGAAUAGAAAUAUGUGUAUUUUGUUGCAGUAAAAGCAAACAGUAUUAUGACAUUGACAGUUAAAAUGUCACGUAGAACUAAAAAAAUCGUAUUUUCGCCAAUUUUUUUCAUAUUAAAUAGUUUCAUAGCUAAAUAUUUGAUAUUAAAUGAAAGCCCUGUUUCCCCUGAAUAAAAUGAUAUAUAAUAACGGUGGGUGUAUUUACUAUGAAAGAGGUGAAUUAUGGUUGGACAGACAUGUAGCGCAAAUGUCAGGUUUUGUUUACAUUUUGUUUCGUUCACAACGUGUACAUUUGGCUCCGUCCUUAAGGGGUUAAGGAAGAAUUUGAUGAUCCAGUGUCCAAGAUGUUGUGGCUCUGUCACUGAAUCCACUGUAACUAUAUGUUAAUCAUUUAAAUCUGUCUAUAGUACAGGUCAAAGUUCAGCAAUCAGUCUACAGGCGGCAAGGAAAGUACAAGCUAGAAGCUUAUUUUGAUGCUGGCUUGAAAAUUAGAAAUAUCUAAAGAUCAGCCUGGCAAGUUACCUAAAGACCCUACGCAAUCCAUGCUGUUUAGGGAGUUUUCAAUAUUAAUAAUGGGUGCCACAACCCACCUCUCGAACAGCAUGCCUUCUAUAAUCAUACAGGUGUUAGAUACCACAUCAGCAUGGCUUGCACUUUAUACAGUGUACACAUAGAAAUGGAAGAAUGUGGCUUACCAGAUGUUUACUUUGUUAGAGAGUAAGCGGGGAGUAAAAUGAGAGCAAUUUGUCACCUAUCUGUAAUAGCCCCCCGAGUUGGCAUGCUUUUUCAAAAGAAUUAUAGAUUUUAAAAGCCUCUCCACUUAUAUCAUGAUUUAACACAUUUAGAUUGCCCUUUUAACACUUCAAAUACCCCCCUUUUUUUUGUUUACAAUAAAACCUAAGCUUCAUGUGGUCAUACACAUUUUCAAGUUGAAAUAAGAAAUUCUAAGUAUUAAUAAUGGGUCACUUUAAGCAACAUAGCCACUAAAGUUUAAUGUAAAUUCCUUUUGUAUUCUUGCCCAAAUGUAAGAGUACAAAUAUGAAGAGGCUCCUGGUAGGUGAUGCUGCCAACGGCUUAAGAGACCGAAAACAGCAGUAACAAGAAGGGAGAGAAUCACGAACCAUGCCAUCUUGGUUGAAAUCCUUCCAAAAAUACCAUUUAAAGAACCCCUGUAAGUGACACUAUCUCUUUAAACCCGUCAGGCCAUAAUAACAAGGGGUUUUAUUAACAUGGGCUUUUAUUUAUAUAGAGCCCCCCCAGCACACUGGAGCCACCAAAAACAUCAGUUAUUUGGAAAUGUUAAUUUUGUGCAAUCAAUGUAGAUGAAGACAAGGCAGUCCCUCUGCAUCAGGAAGAGCCACGUUUAUACCAAACUGGCCAUAAGCGGUUUGAUAUUAAACUGGGGAGUGACAAGGCACUCUGGGUAACUAAGCUAAUCCUGCUUGCUGUAUUGGUUAUGCUCUGUAUUGCGCCAUUCUAACAUACCUCUCUAUAUGUAGAGCAGGUUUGUGAAUGAUCUGUUACCUAUUAGAUGCCAUUAAAUUAUGCUGGUUUAAAAAACAUCUUUGCUUUGAUUUGGCUUUAGAACAGUCCAUGAUUUGCUCUAAGGCUUGCUGUCAAUGUCGUUUUCCAGAUUCCUUCCUACUAAAACAGGUUGAAGAAUUGUUUUGACCUUUGAGCAGAUCCUGAUAGCUUGCUUGUUGUAGAGGAAAGUGUACGUAACGUUUUCCCUUACCACUGAUUUUGUAGUUUGGAUAAAUACGGUUCUGCAUUUAUACAGUAUACAUACUCUGAGUAGGCAUACAGUGUUCUAACAGAAUAUGCCGGAGUUCUUAUUAGAGUGCUGCCUACACGCCUCACAUCAGUAGAGCAUACUGGGGUCAGUGGAUGAGAUGCUAUCACAUUCAGAAAAUCACAGUUUCUGUUUAGCCCCUUGUCCAGUGACAGUCGCAGCUUGUUUGAUAAUACACCGUACUUGGAACACGUGUACAUUAUUUGAUGAUAAGCAUAUCCUUGUUGAGUAGAUUUAAACUUACAUUGCAUGGCUUGUCCUGGGCCAAACAUGUGACGUGGACAAAUGUAGAAAAAUGGUCCAAUCACCGGAUAGAGGGGGUGGGAAAUAAAAAAUGAGAACUUGGAGAAACACUGUUUACUUGUUCUGAUACUCUAGUCUUAAAAGAUCCUAUUCCAAAAUUGAAUGCGCUGGCUAAAAUGCUAUUGGUCCUUGAGGAUUUGUGAGAAGUUUAAUUUCUUUUUCUUUAUUUUAUGUACAGUAAAGUUAUGGGAAUGUUUUUGGUUUUCUAAAUUAUUUUAUUUUUAGUUAUUACCGGGGCUAGUCAGAGGCUUAGUGAUAAGAUCAAGCUCAUAAUCCAGAAUAAGAAAGAUAUAACUAGUUUGGGAACAAUAACUAUAAGUAAACCUACUAAAAGUGAAGUGGGAUUCCAAUCCGGGGUCAUCCAGAUCAAAAUAGAGCCAAUCAUUGAGGGUCUGACUGCAGGUGUGGCAAUCGCAGAGCUAAAUUAGUAGCAUAGUAGUACUAGUACUGCUUCUCUAUUGAAAAACGUAAAGGCACCCAGAUCACUUCUUUUCAGUGAAGUUGUCUGGGUGCAGUACCCCUUUGAUUUUUGCCCUGCAAUGCAAAACAUUGCCGUUUUAGCAGAUAUGGCAAAGUUUUUAUGGCAGAGCUAAGCAGAUUGGUUGUGGUUGUCUUUCUGAUCUGUAGUGGGUUUGGUGCUUGGAGUGACAUUUUGAGGAACUGAUAUAAAGUAUGUACACAUAAUAGGAAACUGGGAAAGUACAGUGGAGCACACAUGUGGUGUUGGUAUUGGAGGCAGCCAGCAUUGGCGCCUAGUAAACCCUAGGUAAGAAGUCAAAUUGUUUAAAAAUCGUUUGUGCUGUAGUGGUUAUGGUGCCUGGAGUGUACAAAGCUGUAUUCCUUCCACUAUAGUGUCCCUCUGCCCUCUAAGCAAAUGACCUGAUACCUUAAUGCUGGCUCUGUCUCCUCCAACAUCAGAGCCAAGGGGGAACCUAAUUUGCAUGUGCAGCGAGUGACGUGUGCUUAUUAGGCCUUCGCUAUAGGCAAGCAUUGAAUCAAUGUAUUCCUCUGAAACUGCAGGAUUAGGGGGGCAGGGACAGUGCACCCAGACAACUCAAUGAGAUGAGGUGGUCUGGGUGCCUAUAGUGUCUCUUUAUUUGUACUGAUUUUACGUGAAAUUCUCUGGAUUUAUCUUUUUCUUCUGGUUUCUAUAUGUCUGUCAGGCUGUUAGUUUACUAAAUAAGAAAGAUUUAAUGCUUUGGUAGGUGUGUGCAAUUUUGAUUGGUUGUUGAUAUUUUACCUUGUUUCCCUGUUUACAACAGACAGUGCUUACAUCUUGUAUGUAUUGCUACACAUGUCUACAUGUAUAUGGGCAGCCUGGUUCAUUUUAUGUGCACUGUACUUCCUCCCACAGGACACUUCACAUCUGAAGAUGACUUAAAUCUUCUCAUUGCCAAGAACACACGGCUGGAAAUAUAUGUAGUAACCCCUGAGGGACUGCGACCUGUAAAAGAAGUUGGGAUGUAUGGGAAGAUUGCAGUCAUGGAGCUUUUUAGACCCAAGGUAAACAUUCUCUCUCUGCCCGUGCCAUCAUGAUAUGUCAGUAGUGGCUGUUGUUUUCAUUGAAGGCAGUUGGUGGUGUUUUGGGUUUCCUUCGUAAUAACGCUGCUGUUUGUAGGCAUCUCUUGUUAUAUGCUGUCUGAAUUGCGUAGUGUUGCAAAUACUUUGUGGCCAUAAAUGCAACCUGAAAACACACUCCAUUAUUAAAUAUAGUGGCCUGGGUGCAGUGGCUCUGCCGUUUUUAAAGGGAAACUCUAGUGCCGGGCACCCCACCCUCGGCACAAGCUCAGCUCCGCCCACACUCUCUGUAUGCUGCAAUGUUUAAAAUUAGUCUAGUGCUUUUUCACUGAUGUUUAUUGAAUUUGAAAUGGUAAUUUGUGGUCAUCAGUGGUAUUUAUUUUUCUUCAACAUUCAGGGAGAAAGCAAAGACCUGCUGUUUGUGCUGACAGCCAAAUAUAAUGCUUGUAUCUUGGAAUACAAACAGACUGGAGACAGUAUCGAUAUCAUCACCAGAGCACAUGGCAAUGUACAGGUACUGGGCCAGCAAUCUAUUGUUUCUCUAAUAGAGAAAGAGGUGGCAGUGGUUUUUGUUUUGUUUUCCAAUCUUAUGACUGCAGAAUGAACUGACAAUGACCAAUCCUGCCUCAAAAAUAGCCAUCAAAUCAGAAUGCAUAUCUCCUGAUGCAGACACUGGGGAGUUUAUUAUAAUAUAUUCAUAUUUGUGUUUCUCCAAUUUAUAUGCUAGGAUCGCAUUGGUCGCCCAUCUGAAACAGGCAUCAUUGGUAUUAUUGACCCAGACUGCCGCAUGAUCGGGCUGCGUCUUUAUGAUGGGCUGUUCAAAGUGAUUCCUCUGGAGAGAGAGAACAAAGAGCUGAAGGCCUUUAACAUCCGUUUGGAGGAGCUGCAUGUCAUUGAUGUUAAGUUCCUGUAUAGUUGCCAAGCUCCCACAAUCUGUUUUGUAUAUCAGGACCCCCAAGGACGCCAUGUUAAAACCUAUGAAGUCUCCCUGAGGGAAAAGGAGUUCAGUAAAGGGCCUUGGAAACAAGAAAACGUGGAGGCUGAAGCAUCUAUGGUGAUUGCAGGUAUAUUCACAUUCUGCCUGUGCAAACAAUUACUGUGAAUGAAUCUAUGUUUGCAUGUGAAUGAAUGUAAAAUCAGGACUUACAAUUUCGAGUCUUAUGAUACUAGCCAGGCUUCAAAAGUUACUCACCAUGGAAAGCCAAGAGGAUCUUGGGGUGAAAUGCAUUGGCAAAUGGCGAGUGUAACUUUUGAGCCCUGUGGAUAUUUUUAUUGUUUGAGUUUAUAUAGGGCCCAGAUAUUCUGCAGUGUGUAUGAUGUAAAAAAGUUAAUAAAAGUGCUACAUUAACAGGUUGUGUUAACAUAUGCAGUGUUUCAAAUACCAUGUUGGAGUUUGUAAUGUGUUGGCACUGUCCUAUUGAUCAAGGCAUCUUUCUCAAAUGGUGUUGCAAUGUUUUGAAUGUAUGUAAUGUUUUUUGAAUUAUGCGAGGAAGGCUUUGUGUUUUCUUCAUAUUUCUGAUGUUACUUCCUCCCUAGGUAUAAUCGCUGUCUCCACAUUUGUAGAUCAUAGAUAUUUCAUUCUUUUUAAAUAUAUUUUCUUGCACCUCAAGUAGAACAAUACAUUUAUCACUCCUUUGUUCUAUUUUCACAAUAGGCAGGGUUUUGUAUUUGCUACAGAAGCUAUUAAGCAUUGUUAAGAGUUACAGUAAACCUUUCAUUUCUACUCUAUACUUUAGUCCCAGAGCCUUUUGGAGGAGCAAUUAUCAUUGGUCAGGAAUCCAUUACCUACCACAAUGGGGAAAAAUACCUUGCAAUAGCCCCUCCAAUUAUCAAGGUAAGCGCAUUCAAUAUCCUAAUUUAUUGUGAUGGAUUAAGAUGAAUAUUGCACAUUACAUUUUGUAUAAAAUACACUGUGAUUUGCGUUUGUAGAAUUAAUAUUUACAGACCCUUCCUUUUCAAUCAGCAAAGUACCAUUGUUUGCCAUAACCGGGUUGAUGUGAAUGGGUCACGUUAUCUGCUGGGGGACAUCGAGGGCCGGCUAUUCAUGCUUUUGUUGGAGAAAGAGGAGCAGAUGGAUGGGACCGUUACUCUGAAAGAUCUUCGAGUAGAGCUGCUUGGGGAGGUAAGAGAUGAAGGCCCUGUACUUUUUACUUCCCUUGGUGCAAUUGAGGAUGGGUGGAUUCCCAUUAUUUCUGCAAAAAUAAUCUGGUUAAUCUUUUAGUAAUAUAUUUAUAUUGUCUCUAUCUCUCUCAGACUUCCAUCUCUGAAUGUCUAACAUACCUUGAUAAUGGAGUAGUGUUUGUGGGUUCAAGGCUUGGAGACUCUCAGCUAGUGAAGGUAACAAAUCAUGGAUACUCAUCAGGAGGGCUCUUCAGAAUAUCCGGUUUUUAUUUUAUUUUAGUUGUUUCUUCAUAACAGUCGUCGUUCUUUUCAUUUCAUCUGUGCUACUAUAACAAUAUAUCUCCUUUUCCUCCUUCCCCCUCUGUCCUUUCUGAAUUAUCACCUCAACCUCUACAAUACAUCUAGGAAAACCAUAAUAUUGAAGCUUUAUAAACACCACAUUGUAAUCUAUAUGUGUUCAUACAGCAUUUGUGUUGUUUAUCCAUAUAAUCUUGCCUUUGACAGAUUGCUAUAGGCACUGUGACUGCUUCAUCUCAUUGGGCUGGCUGUAAUAUAUGGAGUAUGCUGGCACCAUACUUCCUUAGAAUGUUAAACCAUUUUAAUAUUUUAAUUCUAUAGACAAGUCCCCAGCAGCAGUCCCCUCUGUGCUGCUCAGGGUAAUUAGGGAGCAUUAGCCUGAACAACAAUGUGUCUGUGACUGGUUAAUAAUAAUCAAGGUGAUAGCAUUCCGCCUAUCACAGCGCCCAUUGCAGUUAUGAAUCGAUAUGGCUACAAGGAAAUGUGUAAUCUCUGCAUUAGCCUUAGCAGCAAUGUGUGUCUGUGACUGGUUAAUAAUCCAGGGGAUUGCAUUCCGCCUAUCACAGCACCCACUCCAGGUAUGAAUCGAUAUGGCUACAAGGAAAUGUGUAAUCUGCAUUAGCACCGCCUCCAGCGGGGGCUGGCUGUGGGUAACCAGGAACCCUUAUUUGGUGUUAAAUUGCUCGUAAAUGGUUUAACAAUGAAUGCUGACUCAGGGGACUCCAGGCACUAUAACCAAUUCAGUGAGAUGAUAUGGAUCUAGUGCCUUCAGUAUCUCUUUAAUGGCAGCUAUGCGAAGUGUCAUUCUGGGAUUGAGCCAUUAUUGUUGCAGGCUGUGCAUGUUCAUCAGAAUAAAACUAAAGACAAACUUUAGUUAAGUAAAUUCUAUAAUGCUGUACAUGUACUAUUAGUGUUGCCUGUAGCGUCUAUAGAAUUGUAAUACAUGUCUGUAGCUGACGUCAUUAAUACUGGUCUAAUUUGAACAUUUUAUGUUUCCUGUAAAUGUACAUUUUGCACAUUGUAAUGUAGUAGUUCCAUAUUUCCGUCUUUCUUUUGUUCCUUCCUUUCUUUCCAUUGCUCUCUUUUUGUUUCACAUAAUAGUAUUACAUUUCCUUCCUCUUCCUCUGCAGCUUACUGCUGAAAGCAAUGAACAGGGAUCCUAUGUGAUGGCUAUGGAAACCUUCACUAACCUGGGCCCCAUUGUAGACAUGUGUGUGGUGGAUCUGGAAAGACAGGGGCAAGGGCAGGUGUGGUAAAUCUUAUUAAUUUACAAUUUUCUGCAUAGUCUCCCAUGCAGGCUUCACCAACUUUCUUCUCCCACCUCUUUCACAGCUGGUGACCUGUUCUGGGGCAUUUAAGGAGGGUUCUCUACGAAUCAUUAGGAAUGGCAUUGGAAUCCAUGAGCAUGCCAGCAUUGACUUGCCAGGCAUUAAAGGUGAUUUGAAAAUAGACGUCAGUUGUGGGGGACAGAAAGAUGAAUACUCCAAAUUAUGGGAUUAAGGAAUAGUCCUAAUGUAAUGAACCAUUUGGAUUAAAUAGGAGAUUGCUUAAUAUGUUCUGGAAUAUUUUUUUAAAGCUAUCAUUAAUAGUUCGAUCAGUUUAAGGAACCCUCUGAGCACCAUAACAACUUUCUAAAAAUCUCUAACCCGGAAAGCUCUUGCAGAAUCAGGCAGUGGCGGAGCUGACACUGACUCAUAAAACUGACCCAAAAAGAAACGUAACUCUUUUAAGCCAAUUUUGAUAAUGGGUAUUCACAGACUGGCUGAGAGCAUCAGCUGACUGUUCUCAGAUGAUCAGCAGUGCUGCCCUCCGAUUCUGUAAGAUCUUUCCGUUUAGAGAUUUUAGAAAACAAAAGGGCAGAGAGGCCAGGAGAUUUACAGCCGGAAAAAAGACUUUGAGGUUAAAACAUUCGAGAAUGGUUUAACCUCUUAAAGGACCACUAUAGUGACAGGAAAACAUACUCGUUUUCCUGGCACUAUAGUGCCCUGAGGGUGCCCCCACCCUCAGGGUCCCCCUCCCGCCCGGCUCUGGAAGGGGGAAAUGGGUAAAAACUUACCUUUUUCCAGCACUGGGCGGAGAGCUCUCCUCCUCCGUUCCUCCUCCUGGGCUGAAUGCGCACGCGCGGCAAGAGCUGCGCGCGCAUUCAGCCCGUCGCAUAGGAAAGCAUUUACAAUGCUUUCCUAUGGACGCUUGCGUGCUCUCACUGUGAAAAAUCAAUGAGACAGCCACUAGAGGAUUAGGGGGAAGGCUUAACCCAUUAAGCUGAAGUGGUCUGGGUGCCUAGAGUGGUCCUUUAAGGUGAGCCAGGGACAUCCUGGCAGAUAACAUCAUUUUGUUGAUGUUGUUAGGGUGUCUAAACUGUUCCUUUAAUGUUUAUCAUUAGUUUUCCAUGUAACUGUCUUUAUUUACCAGGUCUCUGGCCUCUACGAGUGGCAGCCAACCGUGAGACAGAUGACACUCUUGUUUUGUCGUUUGUUGGACAGACUAGGUCAGUACAUUUUACCAUUUUUUAAAUGCCUGUAACUGUCCCUGUCACUUCAUAUGCUGACGGUCUCUCAUUUGCAGAGUCCUGACGCUUUCAGGGGAAGAAGUGGAAGAGACAGACCUUGCUGGUUUUGUAGAUGAUCAACAGACAUUUUUCUGUGGAAAUGUGGCCCAUCAGCAGCUCAUUCAGGUAAUCCGGAAUAUUUAAGGCCUUUCUUGCACUGAACAGUUGUGCUCACUUGUGACUUUACCUUCCAAUUCCAGCCAUUUCCCAGUCACCUGUGUAUUGGGAUUAUAUUCUAAACUCAUGCACAUAUUUCCCUUUUUACAUUCAUGAUGAAGCAGGGAUAAACAUAUAUUAAUAUUAAUUGGCCCUGGAAUAUCAGGUAAUGUGAUUAAAUAUGUGCAUAUAGAGCAGGAAGUAUAAAUAUAGGUUUAUGCAUUUUAAAUAAUAUGUAAUGCCCUUAGCCACUGGUUUUCUUUUUGAAAAAUUACUAAGGGCAUGGUUCUAUCUAUUCACAUUUUCAUGCUUCUGCACUUUCUCUUUUCACAGAUCACCUCAGCCUCCGUAAGACUCGUAUCCCAGGACCCUCAAAGCUUAGUGAGUGAGUGGAAAGAGCCACAAGGCCGAAAGGUCAGCGUCUGCUCCUGCAACAGCCGCCAGGUGCUACUUGCUGUGGGGAGAGUACUCUAUUACCUGGAAAUUCACCCUGGGGAGCUGAGACAGAUGGGGUAAUUGUAUACUGCUGAAUUUGAAGAUAAAUGGUGAUUGCUUUCAGUGGUAUGAUUUUAUACAUAUUGAUAAAUAAUGGUUGUCACCAUAGUAAAUGAGUAUAUCGUUACUUGUUAAUGUUAUGAACCUGUUAUAUGUCACAGCUGCACUGAGAUGGAACAUGAAGUUGCCUGUUUAGAUGUCACCCCACUGGCAGGCGGCGAUGCCCUGUCUACUUUGUGCGCCAUUGGCCUCUGGACUGAUAUAUCUGCACGAAUCCUGAGCCUUCCAAGCUUCCAGCUGCUGCAUAAGGAGAUGCUGGGUGGAGGUAAUGCUUGUUUCUGCAGGCUGAGGUCUUCAUCCUCAGAAAAGUUAAAUAAAGAAUAAUGAGCUGUAUUUUAAUGAUUGUUCCUCUUUUUUCUUUCUCUCUCUAAAUUACUUUCUUCUUUUAGAGAUCAUCCCUCGUUCUAUCCUUAUGACGUCAUUUGAGAGCAGUCACUACCUGCUGUGUGCGCUCGGAGAUGGUGCUCUCUUCUAUUUUGGUCUCAAUACAGAAACAGGUGAGUGUGGCAGUAUGAAGGGUUAUGUUAUAUUUUACAGUGACAUACAUUUAUUAAUCUCCACUUGGAAUUGCAUACUCUACCUUCAUUUGUAAUUAUUUCUAAGCUAAUUUAAAGGAUUGAAGAAGAUCUUGCCAAUUUAAUAAAUCACUUGAAAUGCAGAAAAUCUCACUAUUUAGAAACUUUCUAAACCAGUUCUCUUAUUUCACAUUUUUAUUGAAGUACUUUAGAAUAGUAAGGGCAAAGGUUGUUGUUUCCUCUUUGCUCUCAUGUUGCACCUGUUAGAGACUUACAAGUGUCUCGUUGCAGUAGGGCCAUGUUUGUGGAUUUUGCGUGACAGUGUCUUUGCUUUAGAGUUUGUAUUUUUUCCUUGUGCAGGUCUUCUAAGUGACAGAAAGAAGGUGACUCUGGGAACACAACCCACUGUGCUUAGGACGUUUCGCUCUCUGUCCACAACCAAUGUUUUUGCCUGUUCUGAUCGACCCACAGUUAUCUACAGCAGCAACCACAAGCUGGUCUUCUCCAAUGUUAACCUGAAAGAGGUCAAUUAUAUGUGUCCAUUAAACUCUGAGGGUUACCCAGACAGGUGAGCCAUGAUUUGGAUUUGGUUAGGUGCAUUUGAACCCCUUCAGUUGUGUUAUAGAUUGCAAAAGAAAUAGUUUAUCCUUUCAUCACACAAUUUAUUUAUUGAUUUUAAUCUUUUUAUUUGUAUUAUUUAUGGAUUUUGGCAAACUUAAUUUUGACUCCUCCUUUUAACUGACUACUCUUUAUAAACAUGUAGCAGUAAAGCAAGGGUUGCAUAAAGAUCUUGGCAAAUCACACAAAAAUAUAAUUCAAAUGUAAAUUCAGAUUGGUUAUACUUGUUUCUCAUUGCAACUGGUCCAAUCUUCGAUACUCUUACAUGUAAAUCUCUGAACCUAUAGUAAUGCCAAGUUUAGCUUUACUUGGAAAAAAUGUUCUACUUUGUAGAAAAUAGUGGAGGCUUGGCAGACCGGACUCAGGAUCUUUAUCAAUGGACUGUGAAAGGGUAGAAGAUACAAAAUUUGUUGUAGUUAAACAGAAAGCAGCUGCAUCGGUGAGAAUGCUCUUUAUUAGUUAAUGGGUUUCUCCAAGCCAGAGUUGGAGUUACAUCAUUGGGCUGUCAUUAGCCAGCUCAGAACUCGACCCAGAAAGUCUUCCAGUUUAGGGACUGAAAUGUUGACAUGCACAGUAAUGCAGAAUUUUGGAAAUUUAUACCAAGUGCGACAUUUCAACUAUACCUGUACAAGCUGGCUGUAGUAUUAGGCUUCAUGAUGUCAAUGACCUGUUCAUACGGUCAUUAUUUUUUUAUUUAUUUUUUUGAGGUCAUUUUGUGAAAUCAGCAAGGCGUACAAUGUAUCCCGAAACAAAAUGGCAAAGUGAUUUGUAAAUUGCGUGAAGUUGAUCAAUGUCAGUGACUUAUUCAGGACCGAAUAAAGAGUAAUGCAGCGGAUGGGAAAAGAGCCUUGUUUUAUUCCACCAAACGUAUUGCAGCAUUGAGUAAAUGCCUUUUUAGCCAGUGUUUAUAUUUCACUGAAGGUUUAGAAGAAAGGAGAAGACAACAUAUCUUUCCAGUAUUGCUAUAUAACACAUUACACAUCAGAUAGAAGAUCCUAAAGCUGAACAGUCUGCAAUGUAAGUUUUAUGUUUGUGUAAUUGUUACAUUUUAUUUUAAUGUAUAUUGUUUUCUCCACCCUGCUAUCUGACACAGCUUGGCUUUAGCAAAUAACAGCACCUUAACUAUUGGAACAAUUGAUGAAAUCCAGAAGCUUCACAUCCGCACAGUGCCGCUUUUCGAGUCCCCAAGGUAUGCAUCGGGGAAUAGCGAGUGUCCUAUAGGGGGGUGUUCCUGGCGUUGGUGUUUCUUAAAUCCGUCCUCAGGGACCACUCGCAGUCCUGACUUCAAAGAUUAUUAACUUGGGGUCCAGUAUGGAUUUUAAUUAAACUUGGACCACUGCUGGUUCUGGGCUGGUUUGAGAGACACCAGAAACAAGAAAUCAUAUUCAAGAUUUGACUUGUGUUUUUACUGCAGGAAAAUCUGCUACCAGGAAGUUUCCCAGUGCUUUGGAGUGCUGUCCAGCCGUACGGAGGUACAAGAUGCAAGUGGAGGUAGCUCUCCUCUGCGGCCUAGUGCCAGCACACAGGUUCGUUUUUCAAACCUUUUUAAUCGGCCAUUAAAGUAGUGGGUGCAAUGAUGUCUCAAACAUUUACUUUCCCUUUAAUGUGAGCAAACCAACAGCAUUAUUUUUAUGUUGCCUAUUACUCCAUUCGGUUCUGUGUUGAUGGCUCUUUCCCUUCGUAUUUAACAGGCACUUUCUAGUAGUGUGAGCUGCAGUAAGUUGUUCUCUGGGAGCACAUCUCCCCAUGAAACAUCAUUUGGUGAAGAAGUUGAAGUUCACAAUCUGCUCAUCAUUGAUCAGCACACGUUUGAGGGUAAUUGGGAACAAAGUUAAAUUGUUGUAAUUUGUGGAAGGUAGAUUGGCAGAUUUUAAGCAGCGUUCCUAUAACCAGUAAAAUGUUUCAUUUAGGACUGGUUGUGAGAAAUGUAUUUUAGAAUGCUAAAUUCACAUAAAGCAUGACUCUGAACACAGGGCUGUCUCCAGACACUGUGACUCCAUUACUCUCCUAACACAGUGACCCUGAACAAUGGGGCUCUGUCUUAAGGUAUACAAAGAACCUCAACAUGGGGUUUUCACUCCAGACACAGUCACUGGAUCUUUGUGCAACCCAGAAGCUAAAUGAAAACUAGCCAUGAGUGCAAUUUUCCCCAUAAAAAAAAUAAAUCAAAUGUGUUUACCUUUUUUAGCAUUGUAUGCCAGACAGCCAUUGCAUAAUCUGGCAUUCAGUGUAUUAGUAAAAUGUACAGUACACUUUUUUUAUUUUUCAAUUUUUUUUAUUUAUUUAUUUUUUACAUUUGGGCAGUGGAGUGUCCCUUUAAGUUAAAUAUAAUAUGCAUGCAUGGAACCUCUUUGGAAGAUGUUGGUUCCAGUUCCCAGAAGUGCAUCAAGACAAGUGUGUUUAAAAUCUAACUGCACAGUACAAAAACUCAUACAAAUGGGGCUGUCUCUGCUGCUUCAAUGUAGAAAAAUUAUUGGGCCAUCUCUGGUGGGAUCCCGUGACCCAGAAUAGGGAAGCUAAAGGUGAUUCAGAAAACCAGAGCAAUGUUGCUGACUCCUGACACAGUAACUCUGUUCAGUGGGGCACUUCUGACAAACUGUGACCCUAGAAAUUGCUGGGUUUUAUUCCUGGUGUUUUACAGUCUACUUUCUGGACGUCUUACAUCACAGGGAAUGUUACUGUGUAUAGUGCAGUAUCGGCUUUGUGGAAUCUUGGUUAUUUUUUUCAAUCUCAUUCUCUGUCAAUUGCUCUUUUAUUUCUUCUCAGUCUUGCACACACAUCAGUUCCUGCAGAAUGAAUACACUCUGAGUUUGGUGUCCUGCAAGCUCGGGAAGGAUCCAAACACAUACUUUCUGGUGGGAACGGCCAUGGUUUACCCAGAUGAGGCAGAGCCAAAACAAGGAAGAAUUGUAGUAUUCCAGUACUGUGAUGGUAAGUGUGAUCAGGAGAGAUCCAAAGGAAAAUGUUUACAGGAUUUAGUGCACAAAUUUUAAAUACUUUUAUAGAUUCUUAUGCAUCACUUACCAUGGUGUAGGUAAAUGUGUAUGGACUCAUAUAUCACACUUUGUCAUUCUCUUUUAGAUUGUAAGUGUUUGGAUUGGGUAUUUAAACCCCACUGUGUCAGUCUGUUUUCUAUGUCCUACAUUCAUUAUUAUAGUAUUUGCUCACUGAGUACUGCAGAUGUAGCUUAUCUCCAAAUUUAGGGUUUGCAUACCCUAUGCCCUCUGUAAACAUAUGGUGUUUUAGAACUAGAAGACAGAAUGGGCAACUUGCAUGCCUACUUUAAACAUUAAACCUACAACCCCUUUGUUUAUCACAUCACCAAACUGGCCUGGAGUAUGAAUAUUCCUUUUACAUGUGAGGUCAGGUUGGUAUUACCGUGGUGACAUUUUGUUUUUGUACUGUCUCUUCCAUAAUUUACACAAUCGUUUAUGCAAAUAGUCUUUUUCCACCUUAAAUACUAUGGCCAUAAUAAGUAACUGUACAUAUCCCAUUCAGGUAAGCUGCAGACUGUGGCUGAGAAAGAAGUUAAGGGAGCAGUGUACUCUAUGGUAGAGUUUAACGGGAAACUGCUGGCCAGCAUCAACAGUACGGUAAGCUUGUGGAGUACAAGUGGGAUGGAAAAUAGGGGCUUCUGCAAGCCAUCUGUAAUAUUUCUUUUUUUGUGUACAGGUGCGACUGUACGAAUGGACGGCUGAAAAAGAGCUGCGUACAGAAUGCAAUCACUACAACAAUAUCAUGGCGCUCUAUCUGAAAACUAAGGGUGACUUCAUUUUGGUGGGAGACCUGAUGCGCUCUGUGUUGCUGCUUGCGUAUAAGCCAAUGGAAGGAAAUUUUGAAGAGGUAGGAAGUGUGAGGAAUCUGAGACAUAAACUGAUUGUAUUGCUGCAGUUCAGUAAAACGUAGCGAAUAACUGUUGGAACAUUACAGAGAAUAGAACCAGGACAUAAUUAAAUUGUUUACUUCCCAUUGAGCUUUGUUUAAUUAUUAUAACAUGUAUAUGCCCUGAUAUUUCUUGAUUAAUGAUGAUACUGAAUCUAACUGCAGAUUGCACGAGAUUUCAACCCAAACUGGAUGAGUGCCGUGGAGAUUUUAGAUGAUGAUAACUUCCUGGGAGCUGAAAAUGCAUUUAAUUUAUUUGUAUGUCAGAAAGACAGGUAAUAAUUGUGGGUCAUUCUGGGGGUUUGCAUUGCAGCUUUUCAAUUUACCACCCACCCACUGAAUCCUUUUUCGAUUAGUGCUUAAAGGGCUCUUUUACUUUUAAAAUGUCUGCAUCACAUUAUGGUCUGCUAUCUUGAAAUUCUGAAAGCAUUGUUUAAAGGAACACUAAAGUCACCAGAGAAUAUGCAGUGUUUACAUCACUGCCUAGUAACACCUCCAGUGGCAGUCACUCAGAAAGCCACUAGAGGUACUUCCUAUUUCAGUGCUGCUUUUAUCUCCAAUCUAAGGCCGGGACCUGAACAUCUAGUCCAACACUACAGUGUUCCUUUAAAUAUCUUUGAAUAAGUGAUGCUUUCUUCUAUCUUACAGUGGGUUGCUAUGUCUGGAGCAAUAUUUAUUAUAUCAUUGAAGUUAAAAUCUGUUACAAGUGAAAAAUAAAUGACAUUUUUGUAUUGUGAUAAUUAUGGUCUUAAAAAUAGCUCAGUUUUGCAUCGAUUACAAUCUCUUUUGUGUAGAUGCAAAAAUUAUUUGUAAAGACUGGAUACUCCGAUAUAAAAAGAUUAUAAUUUAUAUGUGUUGAAGGAGAUUAUUAACGGUGUUUUCAUUUUUUCCUCCCAUUACAAAAAUCUUGUUUAGUGCUGCUACGACAGAUGAGGAGCGCCAACACCUGCAGGAGGUUGGACUCUUCCACUUGGGUGAAUUUGUGAACGUUUUCUGCCAUGGAUCCCUAGUGAUGCAAAAUAUUGGGGAGACCUCUCCCCCUACCCAGGGUUCAGUUCUCUUUGGGACUGUUAACGGCAUGAUUGGUGAGACCAUCAAGAAGAUUUCAGGUUUCCUUUAUUUUUAUUCUUUUAUGUUUUCAGAUAUUCCUAGCUAACUGUGUUUUUACUUUUAGGCCUUGUGACUUCGGUCUCCGAGAGCUGGUACAACCUCCUCCUAGAUGUACAGAACAGACUUAACAAAGUUAUCAAAAGUGUUGGCAAAAUAGAACACUCUUUAUAUCCUUUAAAUUAUGAGAGAUUACUAUAUAUCCAAACAGAACACAGAGUAACUAGGGAAACACUUAAAAGCGUUAAAGAAACAAUAUCUGAAAAACUCCAGGCAGUUAUGAUCAACUAAUAUAACAUUAUUCCAUCUUCUUAAAAUAUACCUCUGGUUUAUUCACUUAAUUGUGAAUUUUAACAUUUUGGCUACAACAGAUGAAAUCAUAAAAUAUCUGACUUUCUUCCAAUUUUGCUUUAAUGGCCUAAACUUUUAAAUCUUCUUUGAUUUCCCAGAAAUUCACACUUUAGUGCUGUUAUGGAUAAUCUGCAAAAAUGCUAACUCUAAUUAAGAGGUUAAUGUUUGACAUAGAAACUCUGACAGGGCAAGGCAUUCCACAUGCGAUCAGGAUAUAUCUACAUACAUACAUAUACCAUUUAAUACGUCUGAUAUUUUCUGUGUUUCCUGAUGAGUUGGCAAAUAGUGAGGUAUUUAAAUAAUUACUACUACUCUUGGCAGCUCGUCGCAGAGUAGAUUUAAUAUCAUAUUUUUCCUGUUAUAAGGAAGAAAGUAUUACAAUUAAUGUUAUUAAAAGGGUGUGUUUAAUAAGGGAUUAAAAAGCAGAUUAAUGCUUCUGAUAAUCUGGAACAGUGUUAAUGUUGAAUUACAUUAACACGUCUAUUGUUUACACUGUAGUCAGGUAAUACGAAUGAAUACUCUUAAUAUCAAGAGAGCCAGAGUCUUAAACACAAAUAUGUGUAAACAAAGCAACAUUAAACUAGUAUCGUACAAACAUCUUGUGCAUUUGAGUAGCUAAAAAAUGUUUUAAAUAUAUUUCUGGCUGAGGACAUUACUUGAAAAAAAGCAUCAUGCAGGACACCAGUAAUGUUACCCUAUCCCAAUCCCAUAUAUAUUCUAUCAUGCAGGAAACCAGUAAUGUUACUGCAGCCCAAUACCAUAUAUAUUCUAUCAUGCAGGACACCAGUAAUGUUACUGCAGCCCAAUACCAUAUAUAUUCUAUCAUGCAGGACACCAGUAAUGUUACUGCAGCCCAAUACCAUAUAUAUUCUAUCAUGCAGGACACCAGUAAUGUUACCCUAGCAGCCAAUACCAUACCAUAUAUAUUCUAUCAUGCAGGACACCAGUAAUGUUACUGCAGCCCAAUACCAUAUAUAUUCUAUCAUGCAGGACACCAGUAAUGUUACUGCAGCCCAAUACCAUAUAUAUUCUAUCAUGCAGGACACCAGUAAUGUUACCCUAGCCCAAUACCAUAUAUAUUCUAUCAUGCAGGACACCAGUAAUGUUACUGCAGCCCAAUACCAUAUAUAUUCUAUCAUGCAGGACACCAGUAAUGUUACUGCAGCCCAAUACCAUAUAUAUUCUAUCAUGCAGGACACCAGUAAUGUUACCCUAGCCCAAUACCAUAUAUAUUCUAUCAUGCAGGACACCAGUAAUGUUACUGCAGCCCAAUACCAUAUAUAUUCUAUCAUGCAGGACACCAGUAAUGUUACUGCAGCCCAAUACCAUAUAUAUUCUAUCAUGCAGGACAUCAGUAAUGUUACCCUAGCCCAAUACCAUAUAUAUUCUAUCAUGCAGGACACCAGUAAUGUUACCCUCGCCCAAUACCAUAUAUAUUCUAUCAUGCAGGACACCAGUAAUGUUACUGCAGCCCAAUACCAUAUAUAUUCUAUCAUGCAGGACACCAGUAAUGUUACUGCAAUCCAAUCCCAUAUAUAUUCUAUCAGCACACCUGACUGAAAGUAAAAUCUGGCGGUCCUAAUUAAAAAAAGUAUGGUCUUCCUGCUGUUUUUGAUAGUAAAAUGCUGCAUUCGAUGGCUUGAGGGAAAAUUAAUGGUGUCUAUUAGCUGACGUAUACUCCUGUAGUUGCUACCUUAACCUGUUAUGCCACCUGGAGGUCAUUUCACACAGAAAGAAAGACAGAAUCAGCCACUGGAUUUAUUGAUGGAGAUCUGAUUGAAAGUUUUCUAGACAUCAGCCGACCAAAGAUGCAAGAGGUGGUAGCAAAUCUACAGGUGAGAUUAAUACAGACGAUCGUCAUAAUUGAAUAUAUAAGUUUUAGGUUAUCCCAUAUUAAUAAUAGUGUAACUCUACCAUGCUAGUGUUAUGUAAGGAUUGUACAAAUCACUUCUCUCUACCCUGCAGAUUGAUGAUGGUAGUGGGAUGAAGAGAGAAACCACCGUUGACGACUUGAUAAAGAUAGUUGAAGAGUUGACAAGGAUUCACUGAUUUUCAGUUGCUUGCUACUCCUCCUGGCUUGGCCUUCCAAAACCUUAUACUGAGGGAAGCUACCUCCCUUACGGGACCUUUUGCCAAUGAGGCUGAUUGUAUUACUCACAGCCCAAAGGGACGGUGUUUUCUGCAUUGCUGACCUUCGGGCUCUCAAACCUCUUGCUUCCUGAAGGGGUCAAUGAAUUCUUAUCCCUCCCGCAAGCACUAAUGUAUGGUUGUACAAGUUACCCUUGCCAGACUCCCCUGCUGUCACCCUAUAGUCCUAACUGUAUUUUAUUUUUCCUUAAGAAAUAUUGUGAAAAGGUGGUCUCUAUAGGGGACUUUCUUUAUAGCAAGUGGGGGUGGUUUAUGACAUUGUAAAGCAUUCAGGGAUAAGGGCCACGUGAUUUGUAAUUGUGGUUUUUUUUCCCAGACCUCCCUUUAUAAAAGGGAAAUAGGAAACUUUUUUUUCUGAAGUUUUAGGAAAUAAAUUAGACUGGAAAUGAAAAUCCCAUAGCUUUUUACUGUCAGACUUUCUGGUGCAUAGGAAAAGCCCUGUGACAAUGGCGUGUCUACUUCCUGUAAUGUGAUGUUACAUUAUGUAUCGCCGACCGCAUAAUCUCUACAACAUGCACACUCGCAUCACCAAAUGUCCAUUAAAUAUUUGAGUUGUUUGGAGACCACCCUAGUAUUCACUAAAGUCAGUCGUGCUGCAAUAUCCCUUGGUUUUGCCCCUGAAUGAGCGGUCUUUACUUCAGAAGUUCAGCGCUUACAGAGUUCAAUAUUCAACAAAUCGUAGAUUUUAAAAAGGCGUUUGCUUUAGUUGUAGAGACUAAAGAUUACUUUCAAUUACUCUUUGGAAAUUGGGGGAAAUGCCCAACAAUACAAUCUUGAUUGCAUGGCAAUUUUCAGACUCUUACUCACUACCCCUGCAAAUAAAUCUGGCUCUGUGUCGUAAUAAAACAAAACUUACUCUAUCAAAAUAAAAUAUAUUGCGUCUCUUCACAAUGUAAGCAUCAAGGGUCAGAAUAGCCAUAAACUUCAAUAAAUAUGUGCAGUAUUUAUAUUAUGGAUUGUUAUAUAGUUUGGGGUUUUUAGAGUCUGGCCUAGAACCGGUGAAUAUUUAUCUCUAUCAAUAAGUACACCCGAGUUUUAGUAACGUUUUCCUUAAUCAAUUAUGAAGGGAAACUUACAUUUUCCACUGCCCAUGUUUAGUAUCCAAGCAGGAUUUUACUAUUUAAAUACAGUUUGUAACUUAGAAAGUUACAGAGAGCACAAAUUCACCUUCUAUUAUUUCCUUAAAGGGACACUCCAGGCACCCAGACCACUUCUGCCCAUUGGAGUGAUCUGGGUGCCAACUCCCACUACUCUUAACCCUGCAAUUGUAAUUAUUGCAGUUUUUUAUAAACUGCAAUAAUUACAUUGCAGGGUUAACUCCACCUCUAGUGGCUGUCUACUAGACAGUCAUUAGAGGGCACUUCCGUGUCCCUAGCAUACCGUGCUAGAGCGUCGCUGGACGUCCUCACGCUGUGCGAGGACAUCCAGUGUUGCUCAUUUUCCCAUUGAAAAACAUUUUCAAUGCUUUCCUAUGGGGAGCUCUAAAGUGCAUGCGCGGCAUUGCCGCCCCAGCCAGUGGGUGGGAUCAGUCUCACCCGCUGGCCAACGAAAUCACAGGGAGGAGCGGUGGUGGAGGAAGAAGCAGCGACGUGGGAUAUUGUUGCUGCCUUUGGUAAGUCACUGAAGGGGUUUUCACCCCUUCAGCAACCAGGGAUUGGGGGGUGGGAGGGAGAGGGGACCUGCAGUGCCAGGAAAAUGGAUUGUUUUCCUGGCACUGGAGUUUCCCUUUAAAUUCAUGGAUUUUUUUUUUUUUUUUUAGCAUACAUUUGAAAAUGUCCUAUUAAGGUCAAUUGUGAUUCAAUUCAAAUGGUUUUGAGCACCUAGGGCUUGUAAUUCUUGGUUGUCACUAAUAGGUAGGCUACAUAAAGCACAAUGUAAUUUAUAUAAAAUUCACCAGUAAGUGUUCACUUUGGCAUUCACAUCACUAUACAAUGUGAUUAGAAUAUUGAAGGUUAAAGCGAAUAUGUGACAUUCGAGAUUAAUGCACAACCGCACAACUAAAUGUUAGUAGCAGGCUGCACUAUUGUUUUUGUGAAAUAUUGUACCAUUCUUAUUUUUUAAUUUCUGUGACACAAAGUACAACUUGUAAAUUAACUUAAAGAUGUAGCGUUGUACAUGCAGGAGCAGAUGUAGGCCCAAGCUCGUGUGCAUUUAUACAGCAUUUCUUUGGUAAUAUUUGAGCAUGCACAAGGCAUGGGACAAAGUCGCCCUGAACAUGAAAGUGCAGCAGAAGUAAGUGCGUUUUAAAAUCCCUCCACUGCACCGUUCUCGCCACCUUCCCAAUAACUGUUGCAGUAGCAUUUAAUGGGGUGAGGGACUAAGGGACUGUUCUGCUUUAUGACUGCAAAUUCCAUUACCAGUAGGAUCAACUUUUAUUUUCUGAUUUUCAAUAAUAAUUCGUACCGUCGCUACAUUAUAUACCUCAAAACCAGCAAAUGACAAAUAUGCUUCCUUUCCUAGUAUUUUAUAGUCUUGCUUGCUUUGGGGUUUUUUUUGUUUUGUUUUUCUUCUUCAUCCACAUUAAUCUUUUAAAUAAAUAAAACAACUUCAAAAAUUCGGUCAGCAACUUAAAACCUUGUGAUACAUAGCUUGCAUCUUGCAGAGUGAGGCUCACAAACCUGAAUCCCUAACUGCAUCCAUACACCAAACAUCGUCAGAAAGUGGUCGUUAUUUGAUGAUUACCAUGUUACAACUGGAAUGAAACAAAAAUAAGACAGACUUUUUUUCAGACUUAAAUUGGUUGACAUUGAAGUCCUUAAAGGGACACUAUACUCACCAAAACUUUAGCUUAAUGAAGCAGUUUUAGUGUAUAGAUCAUACCCCUACAGUCUGACUGCUCAAUUCUCUCCCAUUUAGGAGUUAAAUCACUUUGUUUCUGUUUAUGCAGCCCUAGCCACACCUCCCCUGGCUGUGACUGACACAACCUGCAUGAAAUGGCUUAAUUUUCAAUAGCAUGUAACUUAUGCUUUUAUCUCCUGCUCUGUAAACUGAACUUGAAUUACAUAUAGGAGUCUCCUCUAGGGUCUAGCAAGCUAUUAACAGAGCAGGAUAUAUGAAAUUAAAGGAACACCAUAGUUACCAGAACAACUACAGCUUAAUGUACGGUGUACAGCUUAAUGCAGUUGUUCUGGUGCAUAUAAUUCCCUGCAGGCACUUACUAGGGCUGCAAAGUUAUUUAGCUCCUCAAUGGCAGACAUGAGCAUUGAGACUGCAGGCACGUGAUCUAUACCCCAAAACAGCUUCAUUAAGUGAACAACGUUUUAGUGACUAAAGCGUCUUUUCUUUUUGAAAUAACAACUGGGUGCUGAGAAAAAAUUGGGAUGCGUUUCAGCAAAACAGCCGUAUCAGGCCAAGGUUUAGUGAAUAAGCCCUCUGUACAUGUUAUGUGCAUUUCUGUUUGCUCGUACCUUAUUGAUCAAUUUCUGUGUGCAAACAAUACUCUAUAUCAGUGGUUUACAAACUUUUUAGGUUCAAGGCGCCCUAAGUCGAAACCAUUUUCUAUAUUGUAUAUAUGUACAGUGCUGCGGCAUAUACUGGGCCCCUAAUCUUGGGAGUAGCACUGGUAGAAUAUUUAAAGAAACAAUCCAGGCACAAGAACCAUUACAUUAUGUUGCAGUGGUUAUGGUGCCAGUAGUGCCCUCCCAGGGUAAGUAGUCAAACUGUUUAAGAACAGUUUGACAACUUACCUGGGGUCUGCUGGGAUAGGGUUUGUAGUGUGUGUGUAUUGGUGAGCUAUUGUGUGAUGUGGGGGUAGGAGGAC